AUGACUCGUGCAACAAUUCAAAAACAAAUAGCAGAAAUAAGUAAUGACGAAGCGUUGCAAAAUGAUUUGAAGAUUCUACCGUCGAAUUAUAAUUUCGAGAUUCCCAAAACGAUUUGGAAAAUCCGAGUUACGAAGAGCAAAAAUGUUUGUCUACAGUUUCCUGAAGGAUUGCUGUUGUAUUCAUGUGUCAUUGCGGACAUUUUACGGAAAUAUACAGAAUGUGAAAUUGUAAUUAUGGGAGACGUCACAUAUGGAGCGUGCUGUGUUGGUGACCAAACAGCACGUGCAUUCGGAUGUAAUCUUAUGGUGCAUUAUGGACACAGUUGUCUAAUACCAAUUCAAGAAACGAAAGGAAUUGAAAUGCUUUAUGUUUUUGUGAACAUCGAAAUGAAUCUUAGCCAUUUUGUUGAUGUAUUGAAAACUAAUUUCGAAAGGCAUGAAAAACUUGCAUUAGUCAGCACUGUUCAGUUCAUUUCUUGCCUGCAGAGUGUUAAAAAAGAGUUGAUUGACGAGGGUUAUAAUAUUUUGAUACCACAAGUGAAACCUCUCAGUCCUGGUGAAAUCCUCGGCUGCACUUCUCCUAAAUUAGAAGAGGAUGUCCACGCAGUCAUAUACUUAGGUGAUGGAAGAUUCCAUUUGGAAUCAGUGAUGAUUCAAAAUCCAUCUGUUAUUGCUUAUCAAUAUGAUCCAUAUUCGAAGAAGUUCACGCACGAGGAAUACGAUUUCAAUUUGAUGACCAGAAAACGGAAAGAAGCUGUAGAAAUAGCUCGAAAAUGUCACAUGUUUGGUCUUAUACAAGGUUCAUUGGGUAGACAGGGAAACCCUAAAAUUGUGGAGGAUUUGGAGAAGAAAUUGCAAGUAGCCGGAAAAAAGUUUGUACGUGUUCUUCUUUCGGAAAUAACGCCCGAGAAGUUAUCCUCUUUCACUGAUAUUGAUUGCUGGGUCCAAGUAGCUUGUCCUCGCUUGUCGAUCGAUUGGGGUGCAAGUUUCAAGAAACCACUUCUCACCCCUUAUGAGUUGGUGGCUGUGCUACAAUAUGUUUCAUUUCGAACCGACUCAUAUCCGAUGGAUUAUUAUGCGAAUGAGAGUCUUGGACCGUGGACUAAUAAUCACGAAACAUACCGAGAACGUCGUGCCAAAAGGAAUCAUAUCAGAGUCGUUGCAUCAAAAACUUGA